AUGACGGAGAAACUCUCUUCAUUACCAAUUGUCGUCCAAGUCUCACAAGAGGAGGUUUCAGAAAGAAAAUUGACAUGGGAGAAUCUCGAAACUGCGGUUCGAGCUUUGCAUAGGGACGGUCUCGUGGUUCUAGAGAAUGUGAUCGAAAAGUCCAAAUUGGACACCCUCAACAAAAAGAUGGUCAAGGAUGCUCUUACCUUGCAAGCGAAAGGAGAAAACAUGCCCUACAACUACAACAAAGGAAAUAUCCAGCAGGAUCCGCCUCUCACCAAAGAACACUUCGAGCCCAGUAUCUUUCUCAACCCCAUCGCGACACAAGUCACAUCAGCUGUUCUAGGGCCUAGACCAAGGCUGUCGUUUGUGUCUGGAAACACAGCACUCUCUCCAAGUGAUGACUCACCUCCUCAGUCCCAACCAACUCAUUCAGAUGCCGACAUCAAGCAUCCUGACUGUCCAUUCGCAUUAGUCUUGAAUAUACCUCUAGUCGACAUGUCAGCCGAGAACGGCAGCACGGAAAUCUGGCUUGGCAGUCAUAUCGGUUCAAAUCUUGGUUGCCAAGAAGGACGGCACGGAGAGAGGGCAAGUGGUCGAAUCAGGAAGGACCUGGUCGAGGAGCGCAGGGCAAUCAGGCCGCCUUCACAACCCACAGUGAAGAAAGGUUCGAUCGUCAUUCGAGAUCUGCGCUUAUGGCAUGGAGGGAAGCCGAACAUGACCGACGAAACACGAGUCAUGCUGGCAAUGAUUCAUUUCGCUCCAUGGUACCGCAAUCCAAUGCAAGUGGAGUUUGCUGAUGACUUGAUACCGACCCUCGAAGGUCAUGAAUCAGACCUCCAGAUCCAGGCCACGUACAUAUCUGCAGCAGAAGUUGAGGAGCGAUAUCUCAAUCGUCCUUUUGGUAACGCAUAUGAUUUUGGCCAACAAGAUGACCCAGUGGACAUAUGA